CGCUGCUCAUUAAAUAUUUCAUGUCACCUCAUCAAUAUUCCAUCUGCUGAGGAGGAAGAGGAGGAUGAGGUGAAAGAGGAUGAAGAGGAUGAGGAGGAGGAAGCAGGAUAUGAGAAGGAUGAGUGUGAGGAAGAGGAGGAUGAGACCUUCGGUGUGUGCUGGGUUAAAAGGAUGUUCGUGAUGUCAGAUUGAUGCAGCGCUGCAUUCAGGUUCGACGUGUUUUCUUGCUCAUGAAGAGAAAAUAGAAACAAUCCGACCGUUAUUUCUGACUCACCUGAAGAAAACACCUGCAGUGAACUGCGGGAGGAAGAUCCGUCUCCUGGAGACCGCUCAGAGGAACACAUCUUGCUUCGUCCUUCCUCACCUUCUAAACCUUGGACCAGUAUGGGAUGUGCAGUCCUCUCCGAGCUUCUCCUGUCCCUGGUUAUCUCCUCAGUGGGAGCUGGAGUGUGCGUGGCCAGCCAAGGUGGCGCUGCACUGUGUCCUCUGCAGUGUGUGUGUGAGACGAGACCGUGGUACACUCCACAGUCGGUGUAUCACCAGGCGAGGACAGUGGACUGCAACGAGCUCCACCUGCAGAGAGUUCCCCCAAACAUCUCUGCUGACACACAGGUUCUUCUUCUACAGAGCAACAACAUCUCCUCCAUCACUUCUGAACUGCAGAGUCUGGCCAACCUGACAGAACUGGACCUGUCACAGAACCACUUUAAACAGGUGAGCUCCAUGGGCCUCGCCUCUCUGGGCCACCUGGUGACUCUCUACAUGGAGGAGAACCACAUUGAGGAGUUGGAGGACUUCAGUCUGAGGAACCUGUCCAGCCUGGAAGAACUCUACAUUAACCACAACCACAUCUCCUCCAUCGGACCCAAAGCCUUUGAUGGUCUCACCAACCUGCUGCGACUCCAUCUGAACUCCAACCGUCUAGUGGCCAUCGACAGUCGCUGGUUCGAGUCCCUGCCGUCCCUGGAGAUCCUGAUGAUCGGGGAGAACCCCAUCCUGGGAUUAGAGGAGAAGAACUUCCUGCCUCUGUCCCGCCUCCACAGCCUGGUUCUGGCUGGAAUGGGACUGGUCUCGGUCCCGUCCGCUGCCUUCAGGGGCCUCGACUACCUCGAAAGCCUGUCUUUCUACGACAACCGACUCAGGUCUGUUCCUCGGGAUGCUCUAAGCAUGCUCCCAAACCUGAAGUUCCUGGACCUGAACAGGAACCCGAUCAGCCGAAUCCAACAGGGAGACUUCCAGAACCUUCAGCACUUGGAGGAACUCAGUCUGAACAACAUGGAGGAGCUGCUGAUGGUGGAGCGGGAAGCCUUCCAGAACCUUCCAGAAAUGGCCAAGCUGGAGCUCUGCAACAACCCUCAGCUGUCCUACAUGGACCCGCAGGCCUUCAGUGCCCUGCCCUCCCUCCGGACUCUCCUCCUCCAUUGCAACCAGCUCAGCCUCCUCUCCGGUGACCUCCUCUCCUCUCUCCCGGCUCUGGAAGAGGUGUCCCUGUACUCUAACCCCCUGCGCUGUGACUGUCUCUCCUCCUGGGGGCCUCACCUAGGCAACCAGUCUCGUCUGAAGCUGCUGGAGACCUCCGUCACCCUCUGCUUCUCCCCGUCACACCUGAUUGGCCAAGUGCUGCAGGAAGUGGUGGCAACUGGAUGGGGAGGGGGCGGGGCCAACAGCUGCCUGCCUAACAUCUCGCCUCACGCCUUCCCUCCAACCAUGAACGUGAGCAUAGGACAACCAAUCACGUUGGAGUGUUGGGCAGAUGCUGACCCCACCCCCCAGUUCUACUGGGUGACACCAACUGGAGAUAAGGUGAGCACUGAGGCGGUGGCUGCACCAAUCACUUCAGAGGAGGGGCGUGGCCUGAGCAGGAGGAAGAAGAAAAAGCAUUGCAUGUCGGAGCCCGGAGCAUUGGUGAUCGAACACGCCGAGCCGUCAGACGCCGGUGUAUACACAUGCGUGGCCUGGAACAUGGAGGGAGCAGACACCAAGAGCGUCUCUGUGUAUGUGGACUCUGAUGGGGGCAGCAAGCCCAGCAACGUGAAGCCUUGGCGGGGGAACUCCUCUCUGGUGGUGCUUGCUAAGGUGGUCCAAGCCCAGUCGGUGGUGCUGGAGUGGAAGUUGUACCCCAGCAUAGGAGCUUUGUUGGUUGGUCAGAACCAGGACAACGCCCCCCCUCCUCUGCCCCGGUGGACCAGCGCCACCGUGCACAUCGACAACCCUCAGAUCAGUUAUACCGCCAAGGUUCCAGCUGAUGUUCAGGAGUACAAUCUGACCCACCUCCUUCCUGCCACGGAGUAUCACAUCUGCCUGUCCGUCUCCUCCUCCACCACCCCCCCUUCUAGCUCCACCUCCUCCCUCAUCUCCCCCUCCUCCUCUGCCCUACCUUCUGUUCCUGUCCAGACUUCCUGCCUGAACAUCACCACUAAGGAGGCAGGUUUUUCAGUGGAACUGGUGGCGUCCCGGCAAAGCAGUGUGGCGCUGGCGGCCGUCAUGGGCUCCAUGUUUGCUCUGUCCAUCAUGGCGCUGCUGGUGGUGUACAUGGGCCGCCGCAUGCAGCAACACAAGUCCUGCGGACACUCGCUGAAGAAUUACAUGCAACACGCCACGUCCAUCCCUCUGAACGAGCUGUACCCGCCGCUCAUCACGCUGUGGGAGAGCGAGGCCGAGAAGGAUAAGGACGACAAGGAGGAGGAGGAGGGCAGGGAGGGAGGAAGGAGAGGGGAGGAAGAGGCUGUGGGGAAUCAAAUCAACACCACCAAGACAUAUAUUUGGUAACUGGAAGGGGGGAUGGUUGGACUGGUACUGAAGAGAAUGGCAGAGGUUUAACUGGGACGGCUAUUCCUCCAGCAGUGCCACAGGAGACUUUUCUGGAUGUCCUCACCUCUGUCUCUCUGACAGGAAACGCACUGUUAAACCAGAUUAUUGUAACUUAGUUCAUGUGAUGAACACGAAUGCAGCACGAACACUCAGCACAGGCAGCAUGUGGAAAAAAACUCCCUGUAAAUGUUCUCCAAGGAAUUUAAAGGUCUCAUCUUCUGGUCAUAAACCUGUUCACAGAAACUCAGACAGCAAUAUUUUACAGUGGGGGCAUCUGAUUUCUGCUUCUGUAUCAGCACCUGAACCUCCAUCUGUUCCUGUCAUCCUAACACAAACAAACAGAGCACCUGUUUGAAUGAAGGAUCUGAUUCUGUAGUUCUGAAGCCGCUUCUGGUCUCGCAGGUACUGAUCAUGGUGGACGUCCUGGAUCAUAAUCUAUAACCUGGAAAUAUCUGUAAUUUCAGAAAAACUGAGGUUUUUUAAAUGAAUGUCGUACGCUUCGGCAAUUAAAAAAGCAAAUCUGAUGUAAACUCCAGAAAAGCUACACAAAGAAACACGACUGGUUAUAUGAACUGGUCUGCAGUUAAUAAACUGGGCUGUGCGGGGUCACCAGAGGGGGCGCUAGAGGCUGCACUGCUGGUUGCUUCAGU